AUGCUGCGCUUUUCCCGUGUAGGUCGAGCAGCUACUGCGUAUGCUAUUGUGUAUACAUGUAUGAUACCUGAGACAACAGGUUACAAGAUGUUUCAACGAAAGCUUCCAAAUGGAGCAAAUGUUCCAGGGUUCGAUGCAAUUGGUCACGUGCAAGUCGGUGGCGGUCCGAUUAACGACUUUGGACUGGACUUUAAGGAAGCGGAAUUUAUGUGGACCACCACAUUUUGUGAAAAGGACUCGGACGGUGAUGGACAAACAAACGGACAGGAACUUGGGGAUCCGUGCUGUGAAUUUGUACAGCGGAAGAAUGAAAAGGUUCGAUGGACAGAGGGAGUGUCACACCCCGGGGAUUUGAAGCUGAAGGCAGACCCGGCGCUGUGGGAAGGUAUUGUCUGCGGGGUUGAAGCAAACGCUGAAGUGGUAGCAAAGGAGGAGGACACUGAAGUAGCAGCGAAGGUAGAGCCCACUGAAGUUGCAGCAAAGGAAGAGACAACUGAAGUAGCAGCAAUGGAAGAGAUUACUGAAGUAGCGAGUGUAGAAGAUACACAGAAUACGGUGGUGGACGUAGCGGUGCAGAGUAAAAAAGAGACACUACAAGAGAAGCCAAUGACUUCCGAAUUGCCGACGAUGUAUACGUCAGUGAUGCUGUCAGCUGCAUUGCUGAUGGUGAUGGUGAUCUAUAUGGUAGUCAUGUGGAUGAAGCGUCGGUCGUCGUACAACUUGCCGAUCUUUCGUCAGCAAAGGAGACAAUCGAGAAAUGUGUUAAGCAGUGAAAACGAUAUCUCCGGGGAUGUCGCUAUCUUUGCGCUGUCGCAGUUCUCCCAGAGACGAAGUGUCGGACGUGACGGCAGCGCACCUCCGGAUCCGGUACUGGAUGGUCUCACGAACGAGCUUGGCUGGGACAUGAUCGAUGCCGAUUCGUUUGGAUCGUAA